AUGAUGAUGAAGAUGAAAAUGAACAACCUCAAGUUCCCCUGCCCCCUCCACGUGCUCAUUGACGGUCCGUCGGAACAAACAGAGACUGACGCAGUCAUGAGGAUGUUGGUAUCAAGUGACUUAUAUGACAAAGCAAUUUAUUCUGCUUCAAUACAUAUCGAGAGAUGCGAAGAUGCAGUCUAUGACAUUCUGAAGAAUAAGGAAAUACUCCGAAACAUCGACGAACACCUUGUUUACACUUCAACGUCACUUGAAAGCACUUUGAUAGUCUUGGUGCAAUUGACUAAUAUCGACCCCGAGCCAUUUUUGGAAAUGAAAUCGUUUAACAAGGUCUUACAACUCUUGAACUACCAGAUGGAGUACAACAAUUACUUAAAUAUUUUGGACUGUUUGGACAAUUUUGUGUCUUCACACGAACCGGAAGUGAUCAUCUCGCUCAUCGAAAACAAUUUACUUGAUAUUUUGAUAGACGGGAUGAACUCCGACGAUGACGAAGAAGAGUGGGUCUUGUGUGGGAGUAUACUGAGAGAAUGUCUCUCUAUCGAGGACGUGCAAAACAAACUUGCAAACAGCUUCGAGACUCUUUGGGGCUUUUUGGUCCACCUCUCCCAAAUUUACCAAAACGUAUUGGUCAAGAUGCAAAGCCACGUUUUCCUUAUUUGCCUUUGUGAGUGCAUUGAACACUUGACUAGGAACAGCGAAGUGUCUCAGAUUAUCAGAGACAAAUUUCCACAACUACUCUUAUAA